AUGUUUUUGCACCCGCACGGGUACCCGAUCCCCGCCCAACAGCUGCAGCUGGCCUUCGACACCCACGAGGCUCUGCUGCAGUUCCCCGAGCUUCUCAAGGAUCGUGAGGACAUGCUGAACGAGCGGCGGUUGCAGAUGGAAGAGCGGCUGCAGACGAUCAGGCGGCAGUUCGAGGGGACGCUGAACCGGCUGGUGGCAGAGGUGCGCAAGCUGGAGGACUACGGGAGCAAGAUGAUGCGGGAGACGGCCCUGCAGCAGUGUGAGCAGGCCCGGGUGCUGGCCCAAGAAUGCUUUGCAGAGAAGGCCAGGAUCAACACGCAGGAGGAUCACCUCUCUCAUGAUAUCAGCGAGUACCGCCGGCUGACCGAGUGCAGCCAGCAGCUAGAGCCCUUUGAAAAGCUGUGGCGUCUAGCCAAGGACAUCCUGGCCAGCCUCAGCAGCUGGACCAAGGAGCCCAUCUUCAAGCAGAGCCCCGACGACAUCGCCGACCAAGUCAAGGCCGCCAAGCAGGAGUUCAUCAAGCUGCAGGCCCGCCUUCAGCGAGUGGCCAAGCCGAGCAAGCUAAUCGCAGAGCUGCUUGCCGAGCUGAAGGAGUUUGAGCGCAGCCUGCCGCUCUACUCAGUAUUCUGCAACCCGGGACUGCAGCCUCGACAUCUCCAAGAAGUCUCUAGGCUGCUGAAGCUGGGCGAUGAGUUGCGGGCCUCCGAUCCCGUGACCGUCACCCGGCUGAUCAACCUGGGCUGCUUCGAACACCUGGAAGCCCUGGAGGACAUUUCGGAGCGGGCCUCGAAAGAGCAUGGCAUCCGCUCAGGCCUAGACCGCAUGGUGGCGGAGUGGCAGGACGUGCGGGUGGAGACCAAACCCCACCAGGACAGCUUUGUGGUGACUGGCGCCUUCGUGGAGGAGGCCAAUGUGCGGCUGGAUGAGCACGCCCUGAAGACACUGACCAUGAAGGGCAGCCCUUGCGCGUCCAUUUACCUGUCCGAACUCAACAAAUGGGAAGAGUGGAUUCUCUACUCAGUGGACUUCCUGGGACUGCUGGGGCAAGUGCAGUCGACCUGGAUCUACCUGCGCCCCGUCAUGACUGCCCCGGACAUCCUCAAGCACCUGGCCGUCGAGGGGGCCAAGUUCAAACUGGUCGACGAGCAGUUCCUCAACCUCACGGACCGCAUCCACGAAAACUCCCUAUGGAUGGCCGUUUCGCGAGACCGGUCCCUCCUGCGGGUGCUGCAGACCUGCAAGGCCAACCUCGACGUGGUUCAGCGUGGGCUCUCUUCCUUUCAGGAGAGCAAGCGCCUCAACUUCCCGCGGUUCUUCUUUCUCUCGAAUGACGAGCUGCUCGAGAUCCUGAGCGAGACCCAGGACCCUGCGCGCGUCAUUCCCCACCUCUCCAAGUGCUUCGAAGGCAUCACCUCGCUCGAGCUGAAGGACAAGCUGCUGGUCAACGCCAUCUUCUCUGCCGAGGGAGAGCGCCUCCUUCUCACCAAGUAACUUGACACUUCUCUGGCCAAUGGCAACGUAGACGAGUGGCUGCUCCAGCUCGAGAAAGGUAUGGUCAAGGCCGUUGACUUUGCCCUCCGAAAUGCGCACGAGGAGCUCAAGGAACAGACCCUGGGAGAGUGGCUGCUAGGCCGCUGCGGUCAGGCUGUGCUGGCCCUGUCGAUGGUGUCCUGGACCAACCAGACUGAAAUGGCUAUCCACCAAACAAAGACGAGUGCCUUCCACCAGACCCUGUCUCAGCAACUUAGGUAGAUUGUAGGACUUAUCGAGGGCGACCUGGCACACUUGGACAGGCUGACUCUAGAGGCGCUGAUCGUGCUGUGGGUGCACAACAUCGACGUAACGGGCAGCCUGCGCGCGGCCCAGCUCGAGUCCUUCGAGUGGCAGCAGCACCUGCGGUACUACUUCGACCCAGACUCAGAGCGGUCGGUGCAGACUCAAAUCCUGAACUGUCAGUUCCCAUACAACAACGAGUAUUUGGGCAACUCCUCGCGGCUGGUGAUCACGCCGCUGACGGACCGCUGCUACCGGACCCUGUGCUCGGCGAUGUUCCUCAACUACGGAGGGGCUCCCGAGGGCCCAGCCGGCACCGGCAAGACCGAGACCGUCAAGGACCUGGCCAAGGCCAUGGCCAAUCACUGUCUGGUCUUCAACUGCUCGGACGGGCUGGACUACCUGGCCAUGGGCAAGUUCCUGAAGGGGCUGGCUUGUUGCGGCGCCUGGUCCUGCUUCGAUGAGUUUAACCGCAUCGAGCUCGAAGUGCUCUCCGUGGUGGCCCAGCAGAUCCUGACAAUCCAGACAGCCAAGGCGCGUCGCCAGCACACCUUCCACUUCGAGGGGACGAGCCUGCGGCUGCAGCCCUCGACGAACGUGUUCAUCACCAUGAACCCAGGCUACGCGGGCCGUUCUGAACUGCCGGACAACCUGAAGGCGCUUUUCCGGACGGUGGCGAUGAUGGUGCCGGACUACGCGCUGAUUGGGGAAAUCACCCUCUACUCGCUGGGGUUCACCCAGGCACGGGUGCUGGCCAACAAGAUCGUCACCACCUACAAACUCUGCUCCGAACAGCUCUCCUCGCAGGACCACUACGACUACGGCAUGCGCGCAGUCAAGAGUGUGCUUACUGCCGCCGGCCAGCUCAAGCGUGCCCUCCCCGCCUGGCCAGAGCCCCAGCUCGUCCUGAAGGCUCUCACCGAGGUCAACCUCGCCAAGUUCCUGGCUCAUGACAUCCCACUCUUCGAAGGCAUAAUCUCUGACCUCUUCCCAGGGGUGGUUCUGGCUGCAGACCCGGUCCCGGAGUUCGAUGCCAGGCUGCAGGCGCACUGUGAGGCGGGCGGCCUGGCCUGCUCUGCGUACUUCAGACUGAAAGUGGGGCAGCUCAAGGAGAUGAUAAAGGUGCGGCAUGGGGUCAUGCUGGUAGGACAGCCCUUCGCGGGCAAAACUGCAGUUGCAACUGCCCUGGCCAAGGCGCUGCCCGACACGGUCACCACCGUGCGACUCAGCCCCAAGGCCCUACACAUCCGGCAUCUCUACGGCUACUUCGACGAGCUGUCGCACGAGUGGUUCGACGGGGUGCUGGCGAUCCGCUUCCGAGAGCUGGCGCGGCAGGAGGAGGGGCUGCGGUGGCUGGUGCUGGACGGGCCGGUGGACGCGGUCUGGAUCUAGAACAUGAACACGGUGCUGGACGACAACAAGAAACUCUGCCUGAACUCAGGAGAAAUAAUCCAGAUGUCCCGGGGAAUGACGAUGCUUUUUACUCUGGACCUGGACUCCGCCAGCCCCGCCACUGUCUCCCGCUGCGGCAUGGUCUACACCGAGCCGGACUCGCUCGGCCAUCAGGCCCUCCUCCAUCACCUCCUCCAUCCCCUUCGCGAUACUAUAGCCCCUGAACUGCUCCACGAACUGGCCUUGCUUAUCGAGUGGCUUGUCGAACCCCUCUUCAAGACGGUCCAGCUCAAGUGCAAGCUGGUGUUAGCAGCGUCCCUGCAGGCCAUGCUGCAAGGGCUGUUCUUCCUGCUGACUCCGCUCCUGAGGUCGAUCCGGGGAGGGAAGGGCGCGCUGGCCCAGCUGGACGCGUACUUCCUGUUUAGCCUGGUGUGGUCCUUCGGAGGCUGCCUCGCUGGAUCGUCCCGCAAGACCUUUGACCUACAGCUGAAGCGGAUGGUCGGAGGGGAAUAUCCCCUUCCCAGCGGCAAAAAGAAGAAGGUGGGCGUCCCGGGUGCAGGGUCACUCUUUGACUUCCUGGCGCGCUUCAAUUCCGACCGAGAGACUCCCGAGUGGGUCAAGUGGGUCGACCUCCACCCCGAAAGCCCCUCCCAGUACACAGGCGUGCCCUUGCACGAGUUGAUUGUGCAGACUGCAGACACCGUGCGCUACGAGUGGCUAGUGGAGCAACUACUCCUGGAGGGACGGCCCACCCUCUGCGUCGGGGGAACGGGCACUGGCAAGACUACUUCGAUUCGGAGCACUCUCCGCAAACUGCAACCAAAGCAAGUGCAACAGGAGUACCUCUUAUUCUCUGCCCAGACGCAGGCGAGCCACGUCCAGGAGCAGUUCGACCAGCGCCUGGAGCGCCGCAGUCGAGGCGUUUUCGGGCCCAAAGUAGGCCGACUGGCAGUGUUUGUGGAUGACCUCAACAUGCCGCAGCCCGAGAAGUACGGGGCCCAGCCGGCAGUUGAGCUUUUGUUGCAAAUGGUCAGCUGUGGACAGUACUUCGACGUGCGCGACCGGACUAAAGUUCCGAAGCAGCUGCGCGACCUGCUGUUCGUGUUCGCGAUGUGUCCGCCGGGCGCGGGGCGGCCCUGUCCGAGCGCCAAGCUGACUGCCCGGUGCGCAGUACUCUCGAUGGCGGAGUUUGAUGACGAGGCACUCACCAAGAUCUUUACGGUGAUGCUGGACAGUAGAUACAAGCAGCACUCCGAGGCGCGGUCCGUGCCGAUGAUGGUCACCGUGUCCAUCGAGUUCUACCAGAAGGUGGCCACUCGACUGCUGCCCACCCCUGCCAAGUGCCACUACCUGUUCAACGCCCGGGACCUCAGUCGUCUGGUCCAGGGACUCUGCAGGGCGCAUCACCAAAAGGUCACCCCCGAAAACAUUUUCCGGCUGUGGACCCACGAGGCUAGACGGGUCUUUCAGGACCGGCUGCUUGAGACUGACAGGCCCCUGCUGGAGGAGUUCCUACAGGAGGCCGCCAAGCGCUGGGGCAAGCGAGUGGAGGCUCCCACCCACUGGACUGAUCUGCUAUCGCCUCCGGGCGUCGAACUCAUCUACGAGGAGAUCAAGGACCUUGAUAGCCUGGCCCCCGCGCUGGAACAAUGCUUGGAGAGCUAUAAUUUGGCAGGCCAUCAGCCGCUGACUUUCAUCUUCUUCAGGUACGCACUGGGCCACCUGCUCGCGGCCAUGCGGGUGCUGCGGCAGCCGGGCGGCCACCCCCUGCUGGUGGGGAUCGGGGGCUCCGGCCGGCAGUCAGUGACCCGGCUGGCCGCCAAUGCCAGCGAACUGUCCAUCUUCACAAUCGAGGUGUCUAGAGGGUACGGGCACGCACAGUUCCGGUAGGAUCUGAAGAAGCUGCUACUGAGCUGCGGGCGAGGCCGGGGCAGCUGCUUCAUGCUGGGCGACGCCCAGGCAGGCCAGCCCGCCUUCCUGGAGGACGUCAACAACCUGCUCAACACUGGCGAGGUGCCGGGCCUCUUCAACCCAGAAGAAAAGGCUCAGAUAAUUGAAGGUGUUUCCAAGGAGGCGGCGCAGCGGGGCAUCGAAGGAGACUUUGCGAAGUUACUGGAAUUUUUCAAUCAGCAGGUGCGUGUGCAUUUGCACGUGGCGCUGUGCUUUUCUCCAGUCGGGCCGGCCCUCCGGACGCGGGUGCGGAUGUUCCCUUCGAUGGUAAACUGUACCACCACCGACUUCUACCUGUAGUGGCCACAGGAGGCCCUGACGAGCGUGGCCAAAGAGUAUAUCGGGAGGGCGGGGCUGGCAAUCUAGAAAAAGCUGAGCUUUAUCGAGCGGGCCCGCCAGCUGCACGAGAGCAGCCAGGCCUGCGCCCGGAACUACCGGGAGCAGGAAAAGCGCAUUGUCUACGUCACCCCGACGACCUUCAUCUCGAUGCUGGAGGGGUUUUUGACCCUGCUGGAGGAGCAGAAGCAGGCUAUCCGGGCCCGGCUCAGCAAGUUCGAGGGCGGCUUCCUCAAGAUCGUCAGCACCGAGCAGCAGGUGGAGCUCAUGCAGCAGAACUUGAUCCAGCUGCAGCCCGGCCUCGAGAAGGCCCAGGCAGACACCCAGCAGCGCAUGGGGCUGGUCGAGGCCCAGAAGCGCGAGGCCGCAGGGAUCCAGGAGAUCAUUUCGGAGGAGGAAGCGAAGGUGCAGAUCGCUGUGGACGAGGCCAACGAGAUUGAGCGGGAGUGCGAGAAGGACCUGGAGCUGGUGCUGCCGGCGCUGAAGGAGGCGGACGAGGCGCUGCUGGUGCUGGACAAGAGUUCGCUGACGGAGAUGAAGGCGAUGAAGGACCCGCACGUGAUCAUCAAGACGGUGAUGCAGGCCCUGUGCCUGAUCCUGGACCCCACGCCCAAGGAGAAGGUCAAAAACGAAAAGACCCUCAAGAUGGAGACCGACUGGUGGGCGGCCUCCCAGCGCCUGCUCAACAAUCCCAAGCUCCUCACCGAGCUGCUCGAGUUCAACCACGACUCUCUCACCGACAAGGCGGUCGAGGGCCUCGGCCGCUUCCUGCACGACCCUGCAGUGGCCCCGCUUCUCCAGCUCGAGACCGUCUCGCACACCUCCAAGGCCUGCGAGUGCAUCAUCAAGUGGGUUCGUGGAGUCUACAACUUCUACUUUGUCAAUAAGAAGGUCCGCCCCAAGAAGCAGGCCCUGGAGGCCGCCAAGGCCAAGUCCGCCGGCUUGCUCCGCGAGCUGGCCAUCAAGCAGGAGCAGCUGGCAGAGGCCAACCUCAAGGUCGAAAAGCUCUCUGCCUCGCUCAACUUUGCGAUAGCCAACCUGCAUCGCCUGCAAGAGGAGAUUCAGGAGUGCGAAACCAAGAUCGCACGCGCCAACCAGCUGACCGGCUCACUCGCCGCUGAAAAGGUGCGCUGGCAAGCAACCUCCCAGGAGUGCCGGGCCCGCCUUGAGCAAGUCGAGGAAGAAGUGCUCUUCGCGGCCGCCUGGAUCGCCUAUGCCGGCCCGCUGCACAAGCAGGUGCGAGACCGGCUGCGGGCAGAGUGGAAAUGCCCUGGACUGGGCUUUUUAGUGAGCGAGGCGGAGCUGCGGGUGUGGGGAGAGGCAGGCCUUCCCGAAGACUAGUUUUCGCAGGAAAACGGAAUAAUAAUGGCCAAGAGCAGCAAGUGGCCACUCUGCAUCGACCCCUAGGCCCAGGCCACCAAGUUCAUCCGGCGACUCAACACCUCCCGCAAAAUAAAGGCGAUCAAGCCCAGCCAGGAAGGGUACGUGCGAGUGCUGUAGAAUUCGAUUCAGUUCGGUGUGCCCGUGCUGCUCGAGAGCCUGGGGGAGGAGGUCGACCCCAUGCUCAUGCCCGUGAUCGCCAGACAAAUUUUCACCAAGGGUGCGGGCAAGUACCUCAAGUUCGGGGAACAGGUGAUUUCCUACAGCCCCGACUUUCGCUUCUACCUGAGCACUCGGCUGCGCAACCCGCACUACUUGCCUGAGCUGGCCACCCGCGUGACUCUGCUCAACUUCAGCAUCACUGAGGACGGACUCGCCGCCCAGCUGCUGGCCAGGAUCGUCCGCCACUAGCAGCCCCACCUCGAGACCGAGCGGGAAGAGUUGGCGGUCGAGUCGAAAACCAACCGGGACCAGCUGCAGGCCAUCGAGAACCGCAUCCUGAAGAUUCUGGCCAACAGCGCCUCGAUCCUCUAGGACGAGGAGGCUAUCCAGGUGCUUUCGGCCUCCAAGGAGAAGGCGGAGGACAUCCAUCGCAAGGAGGAGCAAGGCAAGUCCACCCAGCUCAAGAUCGAGGCCGCACGCGGGCAGUACCACACCCUGAGCGAGCUAUCUGCUCUCGUCUUCUUCGUGCUCGCAGACCUAGUAGCUAUCAACCCCAUGUACCAGUACUCCCUGCAGUAUUUCCUGAACCUCUUCGGUCGCUCCCUGAGCUCGGCCCGGCGCGAGGACCACCUCGAGAUCCGCAUUGAGACUCUGCACUGCGAGUUCCUCAACACUGUGUUCAACAACCUGGCCCGCGGACUGCUCGAAAAGGACAAGCUCCUCUACACCUUCCUGAUCACCGUCCGCACCGCCCUUCACCAAGGGAAAAUCACUGUCGAACAGCUGCGCCUCUUCAGCUGUUUCGAGGUCUUCAAUCAGAACUGUCCGUCCCCACCGGAAGGACUCUCUCUGCAGCCUGCACAAUGGAACCUGCUUUACCAAACGGUCAUGGCCAUCGACGGCCUGCCACCCGAGGCCCUCACCGCUGACGGCCUGGCUCCAUUCUCCAAGCUGGCCAUAGUGAAGGUCAUAGCACAGGCGAGGUUGCUGGAGGCGGUGCGGUAGUUCGUGGCCGAGGCGAAUCCCCGGCUGAACGUCACGCCCCCGGGGUUCAGUCUGGCCGCAUCACAUGAAGAGUCUGACUGUCAGCACCCCCUGCUCUUUAUACUGUCGCCCGGGGUUGACCCUUUCGCCUCACUAGGCGCAUUCGCUGCUAAUCAGGGGAUCGAGACCCAGGCGGUCUCGCUGGGACAAGGACAGGGCCCUCACGCAGAGGCCUGCAUCAAGGAGGGGCAGGCGCGCGGCAAGUGGGUGGUGCUCCAGAACUGCCACCUGGCCACCACGUGGAUGCCCGCCCUGGAGAAGAUCGUGGAGGACCAGCUGGACUACACCGGGGAUGAAGAGCUGCACAAUGAUUACAGGUUGUGGCUUACCUCCUAUCCUUCACCGAACUUUCCUCAGACCGUCCUGCAGAAUUCAGUCAAAAUCACCAACGAGGCGCCCCAGGGGCUGCGGGCCAACCUGCUGCGCUGCCUGGCCACUCACCCCCUCAGCGAGCCCGCCUUCACGGACUCCUGCCACCGGGCCAACGAGCUCAGGAAGCUGGCCUUCAACACGGCUUUUUUCCACUCGGUAAUAAACGAACGCAAGAAGUACGGGCCCCUGGGCUGGAACAUCCCCUACGAGUUCAGCUAGUCGGACCUGCGCAUCAGCGUACUGCAGCUGAAACUGUACCUCGAUCUCAAAACCAAGGAAGUGCCCUUCCCUGCCCUGCAGUACCUUGUAGGGGAAUGCUUUUUCGGGGGCAGGGUCACUGACGACAAGGACAGGCGACUCAUUCAGACAAUCCUCAAAGACUAUCUUUCCCCAUCCGCCCUCGAGGCACAGUCAAUCGAAUUCGAGGACUGCUCGUUCUCCUUCCCCGUGGGGCAGGCCCCUGCCUCGGUGGCCGAGCUGGCCUCAGCAGUGAACGCGAUGGAGCAGUUCUGUCCUCCGGGAGUGUUCGGGCUGCACGUCAACGCCUAGAUCACCAGGAAGGUUUCAGAAGGCACCAGCUUCAUCGCGGACCUGGUGUCAUGCUCGGCCUCAUAGUCCAAGGCCUCUGGGUCGGGGCUAGGAUUGCUGUCCCAAAUUUCCCUGAUGAACUCAGAAAUCAGGGAGGCUUACGAGGUGGCCUCGGUCAUCUACAAGUACCCUAUUCGCUACGAGGAGUCGAUGAACGCCCUCCUGGCGCAGGAGCUGACCCGUUUCAAUGGGCUGAUCAGGACGAUCCACAGCUCGCUGGAGAUGCUAACGAAGGCCGUCUAGGGCACGGCAGUCAUGACUACUGAAAUUUAGAGUCUCGCUCAGAGCAUUUCGGACUCGAAGGUGCCUGAACUCUGGCUUGCAAAGUCCUACCCCUCCCUCAAACCCCUCGGCAGCUACAUCCAGGACCUCAAAGCCCGCCUCGAUUACUUCGACCGCUGGGUCGAGGGCGGGAAGCCCGACAAAUACUGGCUGAGCGGCUUCUUUUUCACACAGUCCUUCUUGACGGGGGUGCUUCAAAACUACGCGCGGGGACAGUCCCUGCCCAUCGACGAAAUCGCUUUCGACUUCAAAGUGUUAAGAGAGCCCGUUGAUGUCCCGGCCGACGCAACCGGGGCUUACACCUAUGGUCUGUUCCUCGAGGGAGCGAGGUACGAUUAGUAAUUCGGCCGGCUCGCAGAAAGCAGGCCGCGCUAGCUCUUCACACAAUUCCCCACACUGCUGCUGCAGCCUGCCCGCCUGGCAUCAGUAUAAGCGCCGGAGGGCUACGAGUGCCCGGUGUACAAGACGAGCGCGCGGCGGGGAGUGCUGUCGACGACGGGCCACUCAACGAACUUCAUAAUGUGGGUGCGGGUGCCCUCCGAGGAGGCGCAGGGCCACUGGGUCAAGCGAGGGGUGGCCCUGCUCACGCAGCUCAGCGAUUGA